AUGGCAGAUCUACAUGACCAGAUGCAGGCAUGGCUUGAAGCAUUUGAGGAGAAGAUGGAUCAUUGUUUUCACAACCUACGGUCUACGAUUAAGGAAUUGAGGGAGGAAGAGACCGAACCGACACCCAAGAUGGCGGCUGAUCUUUUUAAGAAUGAUGAGACCUCCCGGCUCCCUGCGGGAGUUUCAUUCUCACUGCUGGAACCAUCACAGACCUGUACAGAGCCGCCUCCACAUCUUGCUCUACUAAGUCGCAGACGUCAGAGCAGUGAAGUGCCCCCUCAACUCGGCUUCAUGUGGAGAGCCUAUAAAGCUGUUGUAUCAGUCAGAAGAAAUGAAACCCAAGUCACUGAAUUUAUUCUUCUGGGUUUUUCUGCUGAUCUGCAACCAUUACUCUUUGGAAUCUUUUUGCUUAUUUAUGUUUUUACUUUGAUUGGGAAUAUAAUAAUAAUUUUGACAGUGACUCUGGAACCACAUCUGCACUCUCCCAUGUACUUUUUUCUCCGAAGUUUGUCUUUUACUGAGAUUUUCUAUAUUUCAACAACAGUUCCGCGGAUGCUCAGAGAUUUUUUGCACACAGAUAAAGGCAUUUCUAUAAUAGGAUGUGCUGCUCAGCUGUACUUUUUCUGUUUUCUAGGAGCCACAGAGUGCUUCCUUCUUGCUGUAAUGGCAUAUGACCGCUAUGCCGCUAUAUGCCACCCACUUCACUAUGUGACUAUAAUGAACAAAUCAAAAUGCCUCAAGUUUCUAAUGUUAUCUUGGCUCUUAGGGAUAAUUCUUCCUCUUGGAAAUAUUAGUUUUGUCUUUAGUUUGCCUUUCUGUAAUGCCAAUGUCAUUGACCAUUACUUCUGUGAUAUGCUUCCAGUGGUAAAGUUGGCAUGUGCAGAUACAUUUGCUAAUGAAUUAUACAUUUUAAUACACAGUUCUAUUGUAAUACCAUUGCCCUUCUUGCUCAUACUGAUAUCCUAUACAAGAAUCAUUACUACUGUAUUUAAAAUGCAUUCAGCGGGAGGACGCAGCAAGGCAUUUUCAACAUGUGGCUCUCAUCUUACAUCUGUGUGCUUAUUCUAUGGGACAGCCACUAUAACAUAUCUAAGAACCAAGUCCAAUGAUACAAAUAGCGGAACCAAAGCUUGGUCUCUUUUAUAUAUUGUUUUUGUCCCCAUGCUCAAUCCUUUGAUAUAUAGCUUGAGGAACACAGAGAUUAAGAGAGCUAUGAGAAAAAUGAUGAGCAGAAUACAUUUGGGUAAUGAGAAUUCAUGA